AUGGAGCAAGAGGUAAAGUUUUCGGACGGUGACUUCAAGCAUGAAUUUGCGGAGAUGAGUUCUGAGGCGGUGAUGUUUCCCAAGUACAGAGAGAAGUACAUUGAGCAGACACAGAAGUACAUAGUAAGGGCGCUAGAGGCGAAGAAGAUAUCGUGCAGGAUUGACUUGGAGAAAAGAGUUAUUGAUGUGAUGACGAACAGAAGUACAAGAGAUCCGUUUAUAUUUAUCAAGGCUGUUAACUUUGUUAAGCUUGUGGGGCGCGGGGUCGGAAUUGAGGAGGCGAUGAAGGUGUUGGAGGAUGAGUAUUUCUGUGAGGUUAUCGACAUCAAGAAGAUGGUGAGUUCCGACAAGGUGUUUGAGAAGAGAAGAGACAGGCUGGUGGGGCCCAAGGAAAUGACCUUGAAGGCGAUACAAAUUCUCACGAGGUGCUAUGUUCUUGUUCAUGGGAAGACAGUCAGCAUUAUUGGAGGCUUUAGGGGGGUUGAGGAGGCGAAGAAGAUUGUUGUUGACUGCAUGAAUAACAUUCAUCCGAUGUACCAGAUCAAAAGGCUUGUUGAGAAGAGAAAGAUGGAAAGUGAUGAGACCAAGGAAAAUGAGGACUGGAGCCGGUUUCUUCCGCAGGUCAAGAAGAGUAGCAAAAAGUCCAAGAAGAAGAAGGUUGUCGGCAGGCCUACCGGGAACAUGCCUGAGGACGCGGCAAAGAGAAAGGAGGAUAUCGAGAUGGAGACUGGGGAGUACUUUGUUAGAGAUGAGUCUAGCUCCAAAGAAAAGGAAGAGGCCGAAGAGAGGAGGAUUAGAAGAAAAGAGAGGAAAAUGAAGGACAUGGAGAAGUAUCUUGCCCCUGAUGAGUGA